CGGAAGAGAGGCAAGUUGUUACAGCCCAAAUGUACCCUUCUCCCCUCCAUUCGGACCUCAGGAGCCUGCAACUCUUUUGCUCUCAAGCAUUGCAUUCAAAUUUCCGCGGUGCGGAUUGUAUCAAAUUCAUUUCCCCUUUUCGCACAAAAUGUUCACAUGCCCAUGCAGGUCUACUUCUGGUCUGACGCACUUUGUAAGCUCUCCUUGACGGAAUUUCCUGCUAUUACCGAGCCGGCCUGGCUCGGGCCUAUUAGCCCAUCGGUUGAGACAAUACGACCGUCCCCCUCUUCACCUGUACUCGUCUCGCUUCGCCCAUAA